UUGGUACAUACAUUCCUGAUAUGGACACUAAGGACCAGGGCUCUUUAUCUCUCAAUACAUCAGGUAUCGUGUGGGCCUCUGGUUAUCAGCCAACGGAUGGGGCUAAUGGUCCAACCUGUAUGGUAGAAGGAUUAAGGCGAGCUCUGGGAUCUGACUGCCGAACAGCUAUAGCACUCAUGAAUACCAUUCUCCUCCUUGUCAUACUGGUUUCAACCAUCAUCUUAGCAGUUUUCAUCAAAAGAAGAUACGACAGGAAAGUGAAACGUACCGAACAGCACAUCAAACAACUUACCUUGAUGGGGCUGGGAGAGGGCGCCCUAAUCACUCUUGACGAAUGGGAGAUGCAGAGAGAGAAUGUCGUACUGAAUAGGAAGCUUGGCGAAGGAGCGUUCGGUACGGUGUACGGGGGUGAAGCGUUGCUGGAUGAUAAUAAAUGGGCAGCAGUCGCUGUUAAGACUCUGAAACUUGGUGCAUCAGUUGAGGAGAAGCUUGAUUUUCUGAGUGAAGCUGAGGUAAUGAAGAGAUUCAAUCACAGGAACAUUGUCAAUCUUCUUGGAGUUUGUACCAGAGGAGAACCUAUGUAUGCAGUCAUGGAAUUCAUGCUUUAUGGUGACCUGAAAACUUUCCUGCUUGGGCGGCGCCAUCUUGUCGGUGAGAAUGGAUACGCGAGGAACCAACAUGUGAUGGGUCCGAGUCAACUCACUUCUAUGGUGUUAGACAUAGCUUCUGGUCUGAGCUACCUAGCCAGUAUCAACUAUGUGCAUAGGGAUCUAGCAUGCAGAAACUGCUUGGUGGAUGCGUCAUAUACUGUCAAGAUUGGGGAUUUUGGCAUGACACGGGCGCUGUAUGACUCGGACUACUAUAGACUAGGCAAAAGAAGCAAACUGCCAGUACGAUGGAUGGCUCCAGAGUCUUUGACAGAAGGCAUCUUUACCACCAUGAGUGAUGUAUGGUCGCUAGGCGUGGUCAUCUAUGAGGUUGUGACCUUUGGUAGUUUCCCAUACCAAGAGCUAUCCAAUGCUGAGGUGUUAGAUUACAUCAGGAACGGAAACUCCCUCCGACCUCCUGAGGGGUGCAGCCCUGCACUAGGAGCGUUGAUGAUGCAGUGCUGGGCCAUCCAACCGCAGCAUCGACCAACAGCCAAAGAUGUAACAGACAUCCUCUGUCAAAGGCCACACCUUAUCACCCCGUGUCUUGGUGUCCCUUUAGGCAGCAUCCCUCCUGAAGAGAUCCACAACACCGGACUACCCUUAUCACCCGUCCGCCCCAAACACCCCCUCCCCAAACACAGCACUAGGAGCAAUAGCAGCACUGAAAUGCAGAUGGGACGCGAAUUCAGCCGCAUACACGAGGAAGAGUUCCUCACGGGUCACCUGGCAAGCGUUGGCCACAUUUUCCGUGCCUCCAAACGCAGAUCAAGGAACAAACAGAGCUUCAACCGGUGUAGCUUUGAGCUUGCUCCAAGCGGGUCACGGAGACUGAGACACGACUCUGAAACUGAAAGAAACUGCAUCUCGAUUAUCAGCUCCACCGCAAGUGCCCCGUCAACAUCCAUGUCUAACACAAGCACCCCGUCCACGUCGCAGGACUCCUGCCUUGUGGCCGUAGAGGAUCCUCCACCUGUAAUUCAUAGAGGGCGCUCUAGGACGUCUGCUACCUUAGAACACCACUUUCUCCAUAGGUUACCCUCAGGGGGUACCUUCAAUAAACUCCUGAAGAAGGCUGCAACAGAGGACAAUAUUUACACGGAAUCCAAGCAGAACUCGUGGUCUCUGUUCAGCUGUAUUGACAGUGGAAAAUUUGAUGGACUACCUCUUCUGCGGUCACAGUCCAGCCGUAGAGGGAGCAAGAGACCGAGGAGUAAAUCGCUUGGUAGCAAGUCAUCGGGAAGCAAAUCACCUUCUAGUAAGCACUCCUUAUAUGUGACUUUAUCAAGAAAUGGCUUUGAUGAUAGUAAGGAAGAAGAGACUAUGAUAUCCUUCGUCUCCACCUAGUUGUUGGUCUUCUCACCUUUGAAAGCAAAUGGAUCUUAUCUUGAAUUAUAUAGUGAUAUUCUCUCAGUCUUGUCCUAGCUUUCAAACAAUAUAUCACACAAUUGACAAUUUUGUUACUAGUGCCUUUGAGGAACAGGACCAAUCGUGAAAUGAAAUACUAAAUCAUACUGUUUUCUUCAUUAAAUCUUCAUUACAAUAAUCAUAACUAGAUUGAAUGUUAUUUAUUUGAUUCAUACUAAUCAACACUUGAUGAGUUUCAGACACCUAUUCCGGAAAGACUUUAUUUGAGUGCCUCUUUACGUAUAUAUGUUUAUUUAUUAUUCUUCAAAAUGAUUUGUUCAAAGAUUAUGAAGAUGAAAUUCAUAUCUCUAUAAAAAUAAUCAUUAUGUAAACCUAGUUAAGGUUUGAUGUUGAUGUAUAGUGAUUUUGGACCUCUUGCCUAUGUACUGUAUGGUUACUGUAUUCAGCGCAAUAUUGACUCGCUAAUAGUACUAUCAAGAAUAUUGUAAAUACUUGAUUACUCUUCAGAAAUGUAUGUCAUGCUCGAUUCUUAUUUUAUUUAAAUCAAUAUACAUGUACAUACCUAUUUAAUUGAUGAUAAUAAUGAGAUGAUUAUCAUGCAUUUAUUAUUUAGAGUAGAUGAUUCAUCAAGGACUAUAUCUAAGGGAUAUAUAUUUAUUUGUUUAAUGCCAUUAUAAAGGUGCAAAUUUGAUCAUGCUAAUUUUAUCCCAAGUUGUUUGAUGUUAAGUGUUAUUGAUGGAAUAUAUAUUUUUUUUUGAGAAAUGCUACAGCUAUAUCUAAAACCUAAAUCGAUCAUAAUGAUACAAUAUGUUAUAUUCUAGAGGUAUGUUUGAUUAAAUGUGUUUAUUCCAAAUAUUUGGCUUUAUGGGAACUAUUACUGAAAGAGCUGGGAUCAAACACAAGUCAAAAAAUAAAAUGCAAUUUGAUUUUCAACCAAUCUGAAGUGCAUAUUUAGGACUUUUGAAAUUUCCUUUGCUCUCAUUGCUUUUUUUUCAUUUUACAUUCAUAUAUCUCCCAUCCAUUUAGACCUUCAAAGAAAGUUAAACCUAUAACUGCAUCUGACAUGAGAAAGCUUUUUUUUUAGAUCAUAAAAUUUUACCUGUAAGUUUUCACUUGGGAAGUUGCAAGCUUCUUCAAGUUUUCUCAUGUCAUCAAACCAAAUAGAUGAACUUUUUCAGUCAUAUAGGCCUGAAUUCACAAAGGUGGUUUUGAAAACCCUCGGUUGAAUCCAUGGUUUAUGCAGAUUUCCUGUAUAAAUUACGCUUGAUUUACCGCGUAUAUUUGAAAAUGUCCAAUGUGUUGCUGUGGUUAUCCACGCUAUUUUAUUAAUGAGUCCACUGUUUUUAAUGAGUCCACUCUUCAAACAGUAGACUCAUGAAUAAAAUAGCUUAUCUAACCAUGGCAACAGGCGUCAAUUUGGCGCACUGCGACAGUAGCGCGCAUCAGCAUUGGACAUUAUUUGAUAUACGCGCUAAAUUAAGUGUAAUUUAUAAAGGAAUUCUACAUAAACCAUGGACUCAACCGUGGGUUUUUCAAAACCACCUUCGUGAAUUCGGGCCAUAAUGACAGAUGUCAAAUUUAUGCCUCCUGUACCCAACCGGUCAUUAAUUGUGUAAAAUUGGUGUUGCUUUGAAUUUCUUGUGAAUAAUGAGGAUUUUUCUCUCAAAGAGUGAUAAAUUUGAUGUACAUGUAAUACUGCCCUAUAACCUAACCCAGGGGCCCUUUCAUAAUUCUGUUCAUAUAGUUAUGCCCUCUGAUUACCUUUUUACUAAUUGAGCUGCACUCAAAUAUUCCGUGUAAUAGCAACAAUGAGAAUUUUUAUCUACAGAGAUUGGAUUUCCUGUUUAGCUAAUGCGAAUUAAAAUGAUUGAAAUUUGUAUUUAGCACCGAAAUAAAGCCCCUUUCAGUGGUGGUACGUCUGCUUACAACCGUUGCGAUUGUGUGCAACAUAUAUUGUGAGAAAAUGAUCGCAAACGAUCGCACGGGCAAUUGUGAAAGCCCCUUAAGGGUCGCUUGUCUUGUGUAAAAUUGUGUUUAACUUCAAAGAUCUUCACGAAACACCACACUAGACAUGAGUUUUGUGAAAGUGUUAACUGUCCUGACACAGUAAAUCAAAGAGGAGUUCCACUCUAAUAUAAAAUUCAUUUGUAAAAAAUAUGAAUGAUUGAGGAAUUGGUAUCAAUUGCACAGAGCUGAUCAACGAUAAAUAUUGUUAGCAUUUUUCAAGUGCCCAUCGAAUACCAGAUUUCUGUGGGAAGUAAUCAGUGAUCAUAAAGGUUAUUGUUCAUGGAUCAUUUAUUUGCAUUUCUGAAACUGACCACCCAAUUGCUUUAUCAAUCUGUCAAUAAUGUUGGAGAGGGGAACUGAACAUGGAAAACAGUACCUUUGUGAAGUUAAUCAGGUGUUUUGAAAUAUUACAUGAAUAACUUCUAACAAGGUUGUUUCUAUUCCAUUUUGGUGUGUGUUACUGUGAUAUUAGUGAUUCCACUGUUAUGUCACAGGUUUGUCCCUGUUACUAAGGGUGAAUUAAUUCCAGCGAUAUAAUGAUUGAUUUUGUUUACAAAUGUUGGGAAGCUUUGUUGUGCCAUGUAAGAACAGAUGUUUUAUUUCCAUUUUAAGAGUGCAAUAUUUUCCAUUUGCUUUUUCUAUUCUAUGUUGUGCAAUAUUUUUGACCAUGUCAUUUUAUCAUUUUACAAGUUGUAUCAUUUUUAUCAUCAAUGCAAUGUUUUCUUUAUCAGUGCAAUAAUUGGAAUUCAAUUUCAUCACCAGUGUAUUUUUCUUUGAUAUUUGAUAGGAUAACAAUCCAUGCAAUUGUCUACCAGCUUGAAGAGUUAAUUCAUGCAAAAUUAUGAUGAUCUUCUAUGCUGUUUGUCAAAAAAUAUACUUGUGCCUUGUUUUAUGUCACUUACAUCAUAUAUAUUUUUUCUCCUUUGAAAAUAAAUGAACUGUAGUCAAAACUACACUGUAA